UCUCUAUUUCUUUCUUCUUGUACCGUGAUCUCAGUGUUGAUGGCAUGUAUAUGGCGUACUUCAUAUUGAGACAUUUGGCACCAUUGAGCUGCCCUAGAAUUGUAGUGUUCCAGUUUGAAGAGUUCAUGUCCUUUUAGUAUUACUGCACCUUGAAGCUUCAAUAAGAUCGCCUUUGUGCUUUUCGAUGACUAAAUUUUUAUUCCAUUUUGUGCUUGCAAAUUAGUAGUUGAGAAUUUGGUCGAAUUCCAGAAUUCCCACUAGAAUCCUGGUAGAUCCAGCAUGGAAAUUUUGAGAGUUUUUAACUGCAAGAAGAGCUAUGCUGUUCAGUGAUUCCUGGAUUAUCAUGUGUGCCGGAUGUCUUGGUCGAUCGUGAUCUCAAUCAGCAAGGUUCACUCAAAGAAAUGGCCCCAGCAAAUAACGCCUUCUCUUUGCAGGUUACGAAUGAGCUUGUGCAAAAGCUUGCGAAGGAGAACAUCGUAGCAAAAAGACCAGCACGAAAAGCUCCUGCGCCGAAACCAAGCGUGAAGCCAUUAGAAGCUCCCUUGGUUACGAAACAGGGUCUUCCACUGCCCUUUUAUCGUGGAUUUCUAUCGGGUGUGCCUGGAAUAAACAAAGAACAAGCUUACCAACAAUCACAGGAACAAAAGCACGACCUUGUUCCCAUCUAUAAGGUUCUCGAAGAAACUGAAAAUUUGAAUAAAAAGCUACAAAUGCAAGAAAAUUCGGAGUUGGAGAAAGUAAAACAACUUGCCCAAGAGCUGCAAGACAGACAAUUCCGGGCUCCAUCGUAUCCAAUCCCUUGCCAGGCGGAGAAGGAGAGGUGUUUACAGUGCUACCGGGGAUCCCCAGAGAGUCCCGUAGAGUGUGCCGAGGCAGUGAGAAUGUAUAAAGAAUGCUCUCAACGCGUGCAACAGGAUUUUGCUGAGAGAGUAGCUACUUCCCAACUUUGACGACUGGAAGGUUUACAACCGACUUGUAAUAAACUUCAAGCUGACUUCCUGUUUGGUGACAUCUCCCUGCUCUUGGUAGUCCACAAUCCAUUUGUAGAUCUUGAUCAGAGACACAAGGUAGAGUUGUAUUCCAAGUAAGCAAAUUGCUCAUUCAGAGCUCCACACUAACUUUUUGUCAAAACUUUCACUGUUAUUCAUCUAGGGCAAGGAUUGUUUUUUGGUUACAAAUUGGGCUCUUUACUUCCAUCGCAUCCAUCACUCUAUGUAUAAUAUCGCGCUUUUCGUGUGGUUAAGCAUGGUGACAUGGAUAUUUUGGUAGCAGAUUGAGAGGUAGGCGUUGGACAGCGCCAGUAACCUGAACCGGGCCACAGAUUAGGGCAUUACUUUUGGUUGGAGCAAUAGUUUCCCUGUAUUGCAUCAAUAAUUUAACUAUCAGAUGAACACGGAAGCAAUAGAUUAUUACUGCAUGCCAUCUUUUAGGUUUUUAUCUCUCCCAA